GGCGCAGCAAAAAAAGACAAUCAGAUACAAUAUCAGGGAUCUUCCGGUAAGGCGUCUGGCUACCAUUAGUUUUGAAUACUGAGGAUUUGAGGAGAAAAAUGGCUGUGAGUUUUGAAAUGACUUUGAGAAUUUCUUGGAUUUGUUGCCUGCUAAUUGGAGGGAUAAACUGUUAUCCUCCACCUAAAGGUAAUUAUAGAUAUAUUCCCCAAAAUCAAUUAAAAGGAAUUGGCCACAAUGCAGCGGUAGCUACCAGCUCCCGUGCCUCGGCAGGUGAAGCUACCGGAUCCCGUGUCUCGGCAGGUGAAGCUACCGGAUCCCGUGUCUCGGCAGGUGAAGCUACCGGAUCCCGUGUCUCGGCAGGUGAAGCAGCCACCCGUAAUGCCACUGCAAGCGUCACGACUGGCCCAAAUACCUUAGGUGGAGCAACCGGAUCCCGUGCCUCAGAAGCAGUCACCCACAAUGCCUCAGCAAGCGUCAAGACUGGCACAAAUACCUUAGCUGAAGCAACUAGCCACAAUGCUUCAUCAAGCGUCACGACUGGCCCAAAUACCUUAGGUGAAGCAACUGGCCACAAUGCUUCAUCAAGCGUCACGACUGGCCCAAAUACCUUAGGUGAAGCAACUGGCCAUGGUGCCUCGGUAGUGGAAGCAACUGGGCACAGUGCCAUGCCAGUGGCCACCCAUAAUGCCUCGGAAGCGGCCACCCACAAUGCUUCAUCAAGCGUCACGACUGGCCUAAAUACCUUGGGUGACAUAUCCGACCCAAGUGCCUCAGCAGAAGCAGCAACCCAUAAUACCUCAGCAAGUGCCACGACUGGCCCAAAUGCCUUACGUGAAGAAGCUGGACACAGUGCCUCGACAGCGGAAGCAACUGGCCAUAAUGCCUCGGAAGCGGCCAUCCAUAAUGCUUCAUCAAGCGUAACGACUGUCCCAAAUACCUUAGGUGAAGAAACCGGCCACAGUACCUCAUCAAGUCGGUACCUCAUCAAAUCUGGUUCAAAUGCCUCGGCGGAAGCCACAGGAGCCCUUGCCUCGGCGGAAGCCACAGGCGCCCUUGCCUCGGCGGAAGCCACAGGCGCCCUUGCCUCGGCGGAAGCCACAGGCGCCCUUGCCUCGGCGGAAGCCACAGGCGCCCUUGCCUCGGCGGAAGCCACAGGCCUCGAACAGGAGGGCCAACUCCUCAAGCAACAUGGAUUUUAGCAGCAGUGGUGUUUCUCAGGAUUUUGGGUCUGAUGGGGCCAAUGAAAGUACCCAAUGUCUCAGCUCCAUCAGCGUUCAAGGCAGCAUCGUUGAAUAGUCAGUUCUCAUCCCAAUAUAUUUACAAAUCUGUGUAUGAGAAUGGCAAGACUGUCUACUCCCAAACCUGCCACACCACUGGGGAGGUUAUACCAUUUUGAUAGCGGAGAUACUCUCAAGGACGUUGGCAUCUCUGAACCAAGCAUAUCCCCACCUGCUAAAAACUCACAACCUGCUAAAGGUGCCCUGCCACAAGGGAAGUCUACUGGGAUGUAAUGUGCAACUUUUACACUCACCUGCACUUUGCGUUCUGAUUUAGAAAUCAUUUGUACUAAUCAUCUAUCAACAGAAUUGCAAUGGUAGAUUCAUCCUUUAGAUGACAAAUCCAAGUUGUUGCUGACACUUUCUUUAAGCUUCCACUGUAUGCUUUUGCGUCGGCCAGGGAGAUGCUGCUGCUCAUGCUACCCUGCAUUACUUGUAAAACAAUAAAAUAUUGUACUUUAAGUGCCUCCUUGUGUUUUGAAAUACUGUGUGUUUAAUGUCUACCUUUGGCUAGCUGGUUGAGAACCGUGUUGGUUGCCAGUGCAAUUUGUAGUAAAA